AUGGACGACGCAGAGAGGGACGAGAUUCAGGACACCCCCGAUGAGGAGGAGGGCCGUGAGGGUGGGAUCGGGAAGGGGGGGGUGGCAGACGAGGCAGUCAGAUAGCCUGACCUGCCAGGGGAGGAGGUGGUGAUGAUGUCGAGAGGCGUCGGUCGAGCGGGUCCCGCUCCUAGGGCGUCGCAACAUGAGUUGAAGCGCGCGAGGAGGGAGAAGAGGGCAGUGGGGGAGGCUGACGUCGAGGUGCGAGACACGGGAAGGGAGAAAAGGGCUCGGCAGACGACGAUUGAGGAGAUGUACGACAAGGAGAAAUUGGCCGAGUUCACAGACGCGUGGCUGCAGUGGAUCUACGAGAAGGGGUUGCCAUUCAACGUCGUCCGUGGUCCGGAGUUCCAGAGGGUGCGACAGGCGGCAGAGAGAGUGCCUCGCACUAUCCAGUUUCGGUUUCCCUCCUACAAGGUUACAGCGGGCGCCGGGAUCCCUUCGCAGAGGGCGAAGGUGACGACGAUGGUGAGCGAGGUGCGCGCCGCUUUCCGGCACACCUGUGCCACCAUCCUCUCCGACGGGAGGAAGUCGCGCAGCGGCAAGCCGCUCGUGAACUUCCUCGCCGGGGGCGCCAAUGGCGCCAUGCUAUACGCCACCGUCGCACGUGACGGGUCGGUCCGAGAUACAGCGGACAUCGUGUACCGUAGGUGGCGGGCCAUCAUCUUGUCCUUUCCUGCAAAGGACGUGAUCGGCUUCUGCACAAACUCCGCCAGCCGACGAGAUUCGUUGGAGAGCAUGUUGCACGAAGAUGCUUGGGCACGCAUCCCGUGGGAGCGCAGGCUUGUAUCGCAGGCGCAGUGGGUGCAGCAGCAGAUCCAGGACGGGGAGUUUUGGCGGUGUGUCCAGUACGCCAUCCUUGUCAUGGCGCCUGUCCACCAGCUGUUGCGCAGGAUGGAUAGGGGGGGGAUGAUGAUGUCCGUCGUUUACGAGUGGAGUCAGCAUGUGCUGCGGUUGAUGAGGAGGGUCGACAUGUCGGCGGACAUGAUCGAGCCGUGCGGGGACCGCGAGACCGAGCGUUGUGCGGCGUGGUGGUUUGACCAUGGACGUGCCCACCCGGAGUUGCGCACCAUCGCCAUCUGUGUCAUGCACUUGUGGACGUCUGCCUCUCCAGCGGAGAGGAACUGGGCGCAGCACGAGCGCAUCAACACGGCGAGGUGUGUCAAGCUUGGGUUUGCCAAGCUUGCACAGCUGGUUGAGAUUGCCACCAAUCUCAAACUGGCCUCGUGCGCACGGCAGGGUGGUGGGUACGUGUUGCCAUGGGUUAUCGGGACUGGUCAGGAGGGGACGGCUGCAGAGGACGAGGAUGAGGAGGGAGACGUGGAGCCCGAGGUGUGGGGAGCGCGACCUGCUGGCAGUGUUCUCGAGCAGGACAUCCAGCGGCAGAUUGUCACUUUCCAUGACAGCCGACCGUCCCGAGCCCAUUCGGUUCAGGACGUGUUCGGCAAGAGGUCGACGGAGCUGCGACCGUGGCCGAAGGGUGGGGAUGAUGCGGAAACCGAUGCGGGAGACGACGACAUCGACGACCAGUGGACAGACGAUGAUGACGCGCCGCUGAGUGGCGACGCGACGGCUGAGCGGGUGUACUUCACUUACGGUGGGGGACGUGACGGCAUGGCUUCGUUCACAUCAGUUAUCACUGGUGAUGUGCCGUCGACUGAACAGGCGAGUGGCAGCAGCAGAGCCGACGGUCGUCGUGGAGGACGUUCGCACGCGGAGGUUGGCGUCGACGGCUCGGGGGAGAAGGAGCCACGGGGAGGCCUUCGGCAGACAGGCAGGCGUUGGGAGGUUAGGAGCGACAGCGAGGCCGAGGGGGAGGCCGAGGACGAGGAGGUGCCCCUUCGCGAUCGUCGCUUCUCUCCCUCCCAUCAUCCGAUCUCUGCACAGCCCGAGGCACUUAGGCGUUUGGAGAGGUUGGCGUCGACAGUAGGCACAGACUGGACACAUGACGGCGAGGAUCGUGGGGGGGAGAGGACUCCUUCCGACGCCCGUAUGCGCCCCCGCUCGCCGUCGGAGCUCCGCACACACGACUUUGACGUCGGAGGACUUGGUGGGGGCUUGGGAGAUUUCAGUGUCGAUGGACGUAGACGUACCUCACCGUCGACGGUGCGCAUUGACGAGGACGUUGUGCGGGGCCGUGUUGAGACUGAGGAGGAGCGGCAUGCCCAUUUGGACCGAGAGGAGGAGGAGCGGCUGCGGACUUUGCCACAAUGGGAGGGUCGGUCCCCGUAUCUCGAGGAGCAACGUCGGCAGAGGGAGUUGGAGACAGGAGGGGGGGGAGGCCGUGACGCCGACGACUCGGGUGUCCCUGAGGAGGCAGUUCAGGGGGAGUUCGUUGAUGAGGGACAGGAUGCCGCCGCGGGUGGUGGGUCAGGUGGUGGACGACGCGACGACGGGGAGACCGCGGUUGAUGAGGGCCAGGAUGUUGCCGUGGGCGGUGGGUCCUGGUGACGGCGAGACCACGGGUGAUGAGGGACAGGGUGCUGCCGUGUGCG